AACGCUUAAAAGAUAGCUAAAUGAAUUUUAAUCCCAAGCACAAAAUUGACAUUGAAUAUAAAUUUUGUCAACAUGGCACAGACUCAACCCGCUCAAGCUAGACCUUGGAAUCCAAGUGCAGGUUUUAAGCACACAGACAGAGAAAGAUGGAUCUGUGUUUAUCCUGCUUACAUUAACAGUAAAAAAUCACUUAAAGAAGGAAGGCGCUUACAAAAACAAAUAUGUGUAGAGAACCCAACAUGUCAAGAAAUUAAAGAUGUGUUGAUACAGUCUGGAUUACAUAUAGGUAUUGAAAAUAAGGUCUAUCCCAGGGAACUGGACCAUAGAGAUCCUAAAUGUCGAGGAAGAGUUAGGGUAAUGCUAAAAACAGAAGAUGGAGAGCCAUUCAGUGAAAAGUUUCCUGAUCGUGAUUCUGUACUGACAUUCAUUGCUGAAACAAUACCCAAACUUAAAACCAGAAUAGCAGGGAACCAGUCAUCACAGCAACCAGCUCAAACACAACAGGCAUCAAAGGGAGGACAGAAAAAGAAAGGCAGGAAAGGAAAAUAGACUAAAGAGAGAUAAUUCUUGUGUGAAAGGAUGGGAGACAACCCUGUAAUGCUUGUGAUAUGAAAGUUUCAUUUGUAAUUUCAUUAAAUGAUAGAUUGUUUUUACUAAUAAGGGGAUCACCACAGGUACUUUAAUGAUGGUACUCCUCAACCCAUGUAUUUUGAUAACUAAAUAAAGAAUGAUAUAUGAAAACAAAACUGACUUUAAAAUUAGAAUCUUUGAAAUGUUUCUGUAAUAAUAAUCAAAACAUAAAAACAUAAAUAGUGUAUGUAUUUUAAUUUUUAUGUGACCGCAAAAACUUUAAUUUUUUGGUCGUAUAUUGGUAUCAUGUUGGUGUCGUCAUCGUCAUUGUCCGAAUACUUUUGGUUUCCGCACUAUAGCUUUAGUUUAAGUAAAUAGAAAUAUAUGAAAUUUAAACACAAGGUUUAUGACCAUAAAAGGAAGGUUGGGAUUGAUUUUGUAAGUUUUGGUCCCAACAGUUUAGGAAUUAGGGGCCAAAAAGGGCCCAAAUAAGCAUUUUCUUGGUUUUCGCACUAUAACUUUAGUUCAAGUAAAUAGAAAUCUAUGACAUUUUGACACACGGUUUAUGACCACAAAAGGCAGGUUGGGAUUGAUUUUGGGAGUUUUGGUUCUAACUGUUUAGGAAUUAGGGGCCAAAAAGGGCCCAAAUAAGCAUUAUUCUUGGUUUUUGCACAAUAACUUAAGUAUAAGUUAAUAGAAAUCAAUGAAAUUUAAAACACAAGGUUUAUGACCACAAAAGGAAGGUUGGGAUUGAUUUGUUGCAAACUCCAUUAGAAAUUUGAAUUGAGAUCAGUUUUGGAAUAAGGGAAAGGGGGAUGUGAAAACAAAUUAGAAGGGGGGGGGGUGUCAAUUUUUCUCAUUUCAGAUUUCAUAAAUAAAAAGAAAAUUUCUUCAAACAUUUUUUGGAGAGGAUUAAUAUUCAACAGCAUAGUGAAUUGCUCAAAGGCAAAAAAAAAUUUUAAAGUUCAUUAGACCACAUUCAUUCUGUGUCAGAAACCUAUGCUGUGUCAACUAUUUAAUCACAAUCCAAAUUUAGAGCUGAAUCCAUACUUGCCCCAACCGUUCAGGGUUCAACCUCUGCGGUCAUAUAAAGCUGCGCCCUGCGGAGCAUCUGGUUUUAAAUUAUAAGCUUUAUAUUAUCAUGAAUUAUUGAUAUCUGGUGAACCCUGUGAUACAUACAUAACAACUCAUUUGGAUAA